AUGGGUUACUCAGAUGGGUUGUUAUUGAUAUGCAUUCUCUGUGUUUCAUCAUUGUCAUCAAUUGUAUAUGCUUCUUUUCAUCCUCAAGAUAGAUUUUUCAUUGAUUGUGGGGGGAGCAAUGCAUUGGUUCUUGAUGAUGGCCGUGUUUUUGAGCCUGAAUCUGGGAACCCACAUGUUACUUUAUCUUCACAUACCCACGAUGUAGUUUCAGUGAUUGAUGAGAAAGCUUUGUCGAAGUCAAACCGGUCUGUUCUGUAUAGCACUGCCCAGGUUUUUAGAGUAACUUCAACUUAUAGCUUUAGAACUAAGCAGAUUGGCCGCCAUUGGAUAAGAUUGCAUUUGUACCCAAUUCAGAACCCACAUUUCAACUUGAAGUCUGCAGUCUUUUCUGUAGUGGCUAAUGGAAUCACCCUGCUUCAUGGGUUUUCAUUUUCGAAAGUACGCAAAGUCUCUAGGCUUGUUAAGGAGUAUGUAGUUGAAGUGGAUGGAAAAGAUUCUAAGAAAUUGGUACUGACAUUUUCACCUUGGAAUGGUUCAGUUGCAUUCAUCAAUGCGAUAGAGGUUGUUUCAGUGCCAGGUGAGCAAUUCCCUAGCACCAAUAUAACGGCUGUUCCAUUAGAGCCUGGUAUAGAGAUUCCUAGUCAUGUAGCUUUUGAGACAGCGUAUAGGAUCAACAUGGGAGGUCCACAUAUAACACCCAAGAAUGACACAUUGUGGAGGACAUGGGAACCAGAUCAGGCUUUUCUUGUCAAUGCUGCAUCUGCGAGAAAUGUCACAGCCAAUCCACGCUCAAUCAAGUACCCUGAUGGAGUUUCAGUCGAAAUUGCACCAAAUUGGGUUUAUGCCACAGCUCAGGAAAUGGCAGAUGCAAAUGUGUUGAAUCAGAAAUUUAACAUAUCAUGGGGAUUUAAAGUUGAAAAUGGCUUCAGCUAUCUUAUUAGGCUGCAUUUCUGUGACAUUGUAAGUACAUCUCUAAAUAAUUUGCUGUUCAAUGUGUAUGUCAAUCAACUAUCUGCUCUAGACUGUUUUGAUAUCUCAAGCAGGACAAUGUCAUUGUCAGCAGCUUACUUCAUAGACUUUGUGACAAAUGUGUCAAUGGGAUCAGACCGGAUUUUGGUUCAGAUUGGUCCUCCCAUGCUAACAGGCCUCUCAUCCAAUGCAAUCUUGAAUGGUUUGGAGAUUAUGAAAAUGAGCAACUCUAGAGACAGCCUUGAUGUAAAUCUUCCAGGGGAGUAUUAUACGGAUUUGAAAUCCCCUGUAGGCAAGAAAAAGUGGAUGAUGCUGGCAGUUUGUUCUUCUUCAGCAGGAUUCGUAGUCUUUGUGAUUUUGUCAACUGCUUUCUAUCUGUAUCUGCGUCGAAUCCAUCAAAAGAAGAAAAAUACUCACUGCUCAAGUUCAACAUGGCUGCCACUUCCUACUCAUGUAGGACUGUCUGAUUCUAAAGUUUCGAUUGACAGCUCUUCUUCCACAUCACCUUCGCUUGGUUUAGGCCGAGUAUUUGCUUUCUCAGAUAUCAGUGAAGCAACAAAUAACUUUGACAAGAAAUUGGUUUUGGGGGUGGGUGGAUUUGGAAUGGUUUAUAGAGGAGUUCUAGAAAAUGGGAGUGUAGUUGCAGUAAAGCGUGGAAAUCCACGGUCUCAACAAGGACUCACAGAAUUCCGGACAGAAAUUGAGAUGCUGUCAAAGAUGAGGCAUAGACAUUUGGUUUCUCUUAUAGGCUACUGUGAGGAACUUAAUGAGAUGAUCCUUGUUUAUGAAUUCAUGGCUGGUGGUCCUCUUCGAAAACAUUUGUAUGGCUCAGAUUUUCCUUCACUGACAUGGAAACAAAGGCUUGAGAUCUGCAUAGGAGCUGCAAAAGGAUUGCAUUACCUUCACACAGGAGCAGCGGAGACUAUAAUUCACAGAGAUGUCAAAUCAACCAACAUACUUCUUGAUGAGAAUCUGACUGCUAAAGUGGCUGAUUUCGGAUUGUCAAAGUUAGGCCCUACUUUGAAUCAAACACACGUAAGUACUGCAGUGAAGGGGAGCUUUGGUUAUCUUGAUCCAGAUUACUAUCGUCGGCAGCAACUCACUGAGAAGUCAGAUGUAUACUCAUUUGGAGUAGUUUUAUUAGAGGUAUUAUGUGCUAGACCUGCUAUAAGCCCUUCACUCCCGAGAGAAGAGGUUAAUAUAGCUGAAUGGGCCAUGAACUUUCAAAAGAAAGGAAGAUUGGAGAAGAUUAUGGACCGGAAUCUUGUAGGGAGUGUCAAUCUUGAAUCACUGAGAAAAUUUGGUGAAACAGCAGAGAAGUGUUUGCUUGAAUAUGGGGUUGAGAGGCCAACAAUGGGAGAUGUGUUAUGGAAUUUGGAGUAUGCUCUUCAACUACAAGAGGCUUCUAUACAAUUCACCGCUUCAGCUGCAAACAGUGCAAAUUACAUUUCAGAUAUUCCAGAAUGGCUUCCACAAAUUGAAAUUGGCAAUGGUGAUGGUCAUGACCACAGUGAUCAAGAAUCUGAUACAACAUCAAGUGCAGUGUUUUCAGAGUUGGAGGAUCCCAGAGGAAGAUAGUUCUGAAAGGGGUA